AUGCGUCGGGAAGUGGUAUGGUCCAAGUUGAUUAUCAAGAAGGGCCCUCCCACCGGGCGCGUGCUUGGUGAUAGUAGGCUGGAAGCCCCAAGCAAUCAGCUUGUUCUCAUUAGGGAGGAUCUGGUAACCGCCCAUAAUGGGCGAGACGAUGCGAUCGGGGUGGUAGUACUCCCCUACAACCUCGGCGGUCACGGCGUCGUAGUCCAGCCUGGGUUGCAGGCCCCUGGAGCAGGCGCGGUCAUCGUGCGGUUGACGACCGUGUCCAUGUGCGCAUUGUCCAAGAGGGAGGUCUUGCCUCGGGAAUAG